AUGUUAGGGGGCUAUCUGGGUUGGAUUCCACUUCUGUUUGAGCCGCUGGCCGACUAUUAUAUUCCGCCCAUUCAGCCUCAAGCUCGGUUACGUCCCGAGAAUCGGCCUUGGCAGGAGAUUAUCACGGGUCUGUACGGUGUUCCGCCCCUGAUCAAGAUUCAUGAUCGGGAGGGCACCGUAAAAUGGAAGUUCGAGCGCGACGACGUGCAUCAGGAGCUCCCGCCAGCGCUACAGCGCUGCUUGUAUGCCUCUGCUAACGAUGCAACUGAACUCAAAUGGCUGCGUGGAGGCACGGCGGUUGCAGCCAUCUAUAGCGAUCUCGCAUUGAUCAUCAAUCAUACUCCGGAUGACCCAAAGACGGACAAGAAGAUCACCUUUGCUGUCUGCAGAGAUAACGAGUUUCUUUGGAAUGCACAUAGCGUGGAACCCUUGCCGGGAGAUUUGCUAGCCGUUGCGACCACGGGACAGCGUCCAUGGGAUGGAAUUCUUGUGUAUAACGCUAGCAUGGCAAACCCGCUGGUCGAUGAGCCGCCGGUGCUGCAGAAUAUCACCGGUCUUCGGGCUAUCCAUGCCAUGAUCUGGGAUGAACAGGCCCAAAUGCUGUGGGCUUGUGGGACGGACGUUGCAGCUGAUGGGUCCGACCCCAUUCCGGCCCAUGGAGUCAUUCAAGGCUAUCCAUUCGAUGCGUCAACGAGUCAACUUCGCAAAGACGACGCGUUCAUUUUCAGAAUGGAAAAGGCAUAUGACAUUGACACGGAAUGGGGUGCGGGAUAUUCGUGGUGGGCUGGACCUCACGACCUAGUACCCGUUCCGAAUCAGCGUAAAUUCCUCAUGUCGAAUGAUCGGGGCUUGUAUGAGUUUGAUAUUGAGAAAGGCGAGUUUGUCGCCGAGUAUGAGGAGGUAAUUGAAAAGUACAUGAAAGGGUUUGAGGUCACGACAGAUGACCGUCAUGGAUAUAAUCGGGAGGGCGAAUGGGAAGAGUUGCCCGAGUCGGACUUGAAGAGCUUCAACCUUGCUCCCGACGGAAGUUUCAUCUAUGUGCAAUCACUAUGGCAGAAGUUCCGUGGGUUCCAUACCAGUCUUGUGGUCAAUGGGCAGCGUAAGAAGAUCAACGUUGGUGAUGAAAUCUAUCGGUCGAGGUGGUAUGGGGAUAUCGACGGGUGGCCGAAGCCCAAGUGA